CAGGAUCUGAUUCCGAACUCGGGAAACUUGUCGCUUUGCCAUUUGCUUGUCGUCAGCUUAUCAGUUGAGCCGUCCAUAGGGUGGUACAGCGCUCUGCCAGAGCCCCCGAGCGCUGCAUGUGAUUCGAGCGGAAGCUUGGGCCUCGGCAGGAGGAGACAGCAGACACCGGAGGAAGCUGAGACAGUUCUCGAGCGACGCACGCUGCAAUUGAUUGAUUGAGCACAGGGGAAGAGAGCAGGACCCGACAGUGCAGGGCGGAUUGGCAGCUGAUCGAUUGAUUGAUUGUCCUGUCGGGGUUGUUGGUUUGGUGGAGGUGGAGGUGAAUUUCGUCCGGCUCUCUCGUCGGAGCUGCUUUUGAUGGAAGGACAAGAUUUGUCUGGCUCUGAGUGUCGUUGUUAGUUUGCUCCGAGCGAAGUUCAGUGCAGCGCCACCCAUGGCUGCUUCUCUUUGCAGCCCGGUGCCGAGAUCGCUGUACUUGAAUCCGAAAUUCCACUGGGACGCCAAGCGGGGAUGGAGAGAUAGUGCCCAUUGCCAACCGAGAGAGGUUUCAUGUUUAUUACGCCAUGCUUGUUGUGGACCGUCCCCUACCAGCUUUACCCGCCGAGUAUCAGGUCAUCGAGCACAUCAUGGUUCUCCCAGGAGAUUAUCUUCCAGACAUCUCUAUGUCCGGUGUGCAGCAGAGUCAGCGGAUGACGAUAGGCGGACCUCAGUCUCGACAGAUGAUGACAAAUUGGAGGUCAGCUCAGAGAAGGAGCAAGGUGGACAUCAUAAAGGAACUCUGUUGCACAACCCAGAAACAAAUGAUGGCCUGGCAGAUUUCGGAGAGGAGACUAACGGUUCCAAUCGGAGUUUGUUGCAUAGCCCUGAAACAAAUGAUGGUCUAGCAGACUUUGGAGAAGAAACCAAUGGUGCAGGUACUGUAGUGAAGGAGGACACGAGCUUGAAUGACAUCUCUAGCACAGGGGAAGAUACACGUUCAAGGCUGGAAGAGAGUUUAGGUGCCGUGGUGGUUGAGGCUGCUGAAAAGGUCGUUGAAGUUGCAAGCACAGGGAUUGAGGUCGUGGCCGAGACUGUGGAGGUGGCAGUACAAACUGUGUCGGCAGUUGGAGAAAUUGUAGAGCCUCCAUUGCCCAUCGAAGAACCCUCAGUGGAUCAAGCAAUGGCUCUAAAAACAGUUGCAUUUUGGGUAAGUGCUGCCGUGACUUUUGGAACAAUUGUGGGAUUCAAGGAGGGAUCGAGCAAGGCCUCUGAGUUUUUUGCUGGGUACCUGUUGGAACAAAGUUUGUCUGUUGACAAUUUAUUCGUAUUCGUCCUCAUCUUCAACUACUUCCGAGUACCCUUUGCAUAUCAGAAUAGGGUUCUCACUUAUGGAAUUGCUGGAGCCGUCAUAUUUAGAGCUACAAUGAUUGGCCUAGGUAUUGCGUCGCUAGAGAGAUUCGAAGGAUUGAACUUAUUUUUUGCAGCCAUCCUUAUUUUCUCAUCCAUCAAGCUUUUUACUGAAUCAGAAGACGAAGAGGAUGAUCUCUCGAAUAACUUCAUUGUUAAGCUCUGUCGGAAAGUUCUCCCAGUAACUUCUACGUAUGAUGGAAACAAGUUUCUUACUGUUGCGGAUGGCGUAACAAAAGCAACGCCUUUGCUGCUCACAUUAGUUGUGGUGGAGCUCAGUGACAUCGCAUUUGCGGUGGACUCAAUACCAGCGGUGUUCGGCGUAACUAGAGACCCGUUUAUUGUUUUUUCGUCCAACAUUUUUGCUAUUCUUGGAUUACGAUCCCUGUACACAAUCAUUUCUGGCAGCAUGGCCGAGCUGCAAUAUUUGCAGCCUUCCGUUGGACUGGUGCUGGGCUUUAUCGGCUGCAAGAUGAUCAGCGAAUACUUCGGAUUUCAUGUGCCAACUGAGGUUUCGUUAGGCGUUGUAACAGCAGUUCUCGGCAUAGGUGUAGCUCUUAGCCUAAAGGAUCAGUCCAAAGAGGACUAGUAGAGUAAAUUUUUCACAACAUGACUCAUGUAAGGGUGCGGAUUAAGUAAGGUCUGUGUACAGUAUCGCAGGUAUCCAGCUUGUUACAUUGCAAGAAUGCAAUUAUUGUACCGAUUGCUUGCUGGCGAAGAAGAAUUGUAGUAAGCAGUAGGAUGUCUCUGUAAUUCCUUUAUUGGACGACUCGUCUGAAUAUGAUGAUACGAUCCACAC